GUCAACUUGGUCCAGCAAUGGGAAGGUUAUCCUAUGUGUGUUGUAGAAGGAAACCAGACUCUUGAUCGAACAUCAAGUGACCUUAGAAGAGCUACAGAACUUGAGUGCACUCUUUCAGGAGUAUGAAAAGAGAGGAAGACAGCUGCUGGACAUGGAAACUUUCAAAUGCAUAAUGAAACAGAGUAUGAGGUCACAGAAUAAAAAUAUUGAACAAAUACAACAACUUUUCAUGAAAAUAGACUAUGCAUCAGUGGGCAGAAUUCAAUGGGAUGGCUUGUGCACGUAUCUGCAGCUAGAGUAUUCAGAGCAAGCGGAUGCUUUGGCCCAACAGAAAGAGGUUUCCUUCCAGCUGCCUGCUGUGCUGCAAGGGCUGUCAUAUGGGGGUCCCGUGCUGUGCAUUCUCUCUAUGCCUGACGACACCUUAAUCAUGAUCAGAGAAGAUGGAGCGAUUUAUUUCUGGUCCCUGCAGCUGAAGUUGAAAAGAAGAAAGAGAGUUUUUGACAAGUCCACAAGUCGGAAGCACAGGUAGGUGACGGAUGUCAUCAGCAUGCCACAGUACAACAAGCUGCUCAUAGGGACUGGAAACCAUGAAAUCCAGCUGUAUGAACUCUCCAACCUGGAGCCUUACUGUCAGAUUGGUGGCCUGGAAGCUGUUCCUCUGAAACUGGAUUACUGUUAUGAAGAUCCUGACAAGUGCCUGAUUCUCUAUGGUGAUGAUCAGGGAUGUGUGAACAUUCUGUCUUUGGCUUCUGUAGGUGAACUAUUAAGAACGUGGAAGAAGCUGCCCCAAAUUGAGAACAUGCCAAACAUUAGCAUUAAUAACGCUGUGAUCUCUCCAAAUGUUAACUAUAUCCGCUGGAAAGUGCAUGGAGACUGGGUUACUCAGCUGAGCUACUAUGAUUCUAUCAAAGCCGUCAUUUCAAGCUCCAACCAUGAGCCCACCGCUCUAGUAAUAGGGUGCACUAUGGGAACAACAAAUGUCAAGCAAAAGAUGAAAGAGACAAGGGGCGUUAGAAAAGAUGUCCAGGCAAGAAGAAAACAAGCAUUCCUUGGUUUGCCCCAAAGGCGGGCAGAAUGUGAUCAAACUGGUUUUCACAUCUACAAAGGAGUCAAGGCAUUUUCAUUCUGUGAGAGAAAGAACUUGCUGCUGACGGGGAUGGAUCGAAUCAUUCGAGUCUGGAAUCCUUAUCUGCCUGGAAAACCAACAGGUAUGCUGAAAAGCCACACGGCUCCAGUGAUCUACAUCCAUGUAUCUGCUGAGGAUAACAAAAUAUUCUCCAUGUCCACCGACAACACUAUUAAGAUCUGGGAUCUAGAGACGGACAGCUGCUUGUUUACCGCAUCCUCCAAAGCCAGAGGUAUUAAGGGGGACUUCGCAGCCUGCCUCUACCUCCCUGAAUCCAGAUCCCUGUGUGUGGCCACUGACACGGUCGCACUCCUACACCUGAGACUGAGAUCUCCGCCAGAGCGGUGCCUGGUGGUCUCCCACCAAGAGCCCGUGGUCUGCUGCUGCUACAACCCGGCCUUCAGGCAGGUGGUCAGCUGCUCUGAAGCAUCUGUGAUAAAAGUGUGGGACUUCGAAACAGGAAGGCUGUUGUCCGGAUUUACUGGGGCUCAUGACAAUGCUGGAAUCACAUGUCUGACCUUCGACACCAGUGGAAGAAGGCUAAUCACCGGGGGCAGAGACGGCUGUCUGAAAAUAUGGAACUACAACAACGGACAUUGUCUGCACACACUGAAACACGAUGAAAAGCAAAGUGAAGUCUGUGAUUGCACCUACGUGGAGGUGAACCAAAAUAAGUGUAUCAUAGCUGUUGGAUGGGACAGAAGAAUAAAUGUAUAUUUUGAUGCACCACGUGACUUUCAUCACUUCUGGAAGCCCCAGCCACACUGGCAGGAUGACCUGAACCACAGGCACAAGGAGGACAUCCUGUGUGUGGCUCAGUGCCCACCUUUUCUUCUUGCCACCUCCAGUUAUGAUGGGGAGAUCAUCAUUUGGAAUGUCAUCUCAGGCCACAUAUACUGCAAGCUGAAUACUCCCACCCCCUCUGAUGAUGCAGAAGAUGGAAAGGGCCCAGACCGGUGUGUUUCCUGCCUCACCUUCCUGAAGUCUCGGGCUGCCAAGUUUGAAUCAGCGGCCGCUUCCCUCAUCACCAAUGGGCCUGGAGGUUCUGUCACCUUCUGGAAGCUGUUUGGUGGGGCCUGUCCCAUUGCAAACUUCACUCCUUCCAGGGACAAAGCACAGGUCAGCAGCAUCGCGGUGACAGCAGGAGAUGCCCUUGUCUACGUGGCUGACCAGGAAGGUUUUGUGCACGUUUAUGACAUCAAAGAGUACGGUCUGCAGGGACCUGAGCUACAGUCCCCCAAGAAUGUGACAUUCUGGCAGGCCCAUGUCAGUGUGGUGACAUUUCUGGAGCUGAUAGAAGAAAAGUUUCUGCUCUCGUCCUCCCUUGCGCACGUGCGCCUGUGGAGUGUGGACGGGAAGUACAUAGGAACCUUUGGGCAACAUAGCCCCUGGAAUAUUUUCACUCCUGCCUCCUGGAGCCACCCUAGAGUGCCCUAUGAAAUUUUGACAGAUCCCCAGAGCACACCUGCUCACCCAGUGCUGGGAGGGGAUGUGGCUGUUCUGCACACAAAGGAGGAGGAACAAGACAAGGUGAUGGAGGAAAAGGCUAAGCCUGAAAAGACCCCUAAUCCUCGCUCUCCAGAAGACCCCAUCCCUGAAGUUGAAAUGAAAGAAGACAUCGAUCAAUGGCUGCCGCUGGACUGGAGCCCAUCUUCCAGGAGAACAUGUGGGCUGGGGUGGCCGAGCAUCUUCCAGACCCUCCGGUGCCACGAGGUCGCCUGCGCAUCCGCUGUCGGGGAGAAGCCAGACUUGUCUAUUAUCGGCUCAGAUUUGUUUAACGUAAAUUUCCUCGCGAAGGAACAAGAAGGAGGUGAAGCUGCCCAGAAGGAGCACUGA